CCCGCCCUGUGGCUCAUUCCGCUUUUCCUCUGUUAUAGGACGUUUUUUUUUUGUAAUCAUGGCGAAGGGAAGCUGCGUGAGUCUGGACGUGGCACCUGUAGGGCAUUUCAUCACUGUAGUAGAAGAAAUAAAGUGACUUUGAUAAAAUGUAAAGUUUGGAAAUGUGUCAGGACGAGAAGCUGACUUGUUUUCUGAUAAAACAAUCCAUAUAACUGGAGAGGAAAAAGCUUGACAUGUCACUGCUGUGUGUCAGAGUGCGUGAACCAGCAUCUGAGAUGAGGCUUAGUUUCCAUCGUUUCGCCCAACAUUAACGGUUAGACAUUAAGCAUCAGGGAUUCAGGAGGCGUGAGGGACACAUCACAAUGGAAAAGUUAAUGGAGGUUUCUCACGUAACUUCAGUCCAAAGCCGAUCCUUAAGAAAGCCAAACUCCACGGGCCUCUGGACAAAUUCAACGCCUACGUGACCCUGAAGGUGCAGAAUGUCAAGAGUACGACCAUCACGGUGCGAGGACACCAGCCGUGCUGGGAGCAGGACUUCAUGUUCGAGAUCAACCGCUUGGACCUGGGGCUCAUCGUGGAGGUUUGGAAUAAAGGGCUCAUCUGGGACACCAUGCUGGGGACGGCAUGGAUCCCCCUCAAAAGCAUCCGGCACUCAGAGGAGGAAGGCCCAGGAGAUUGGACGUUUCUGCACUCGGAGGUUUUGAUGAAGGCCGAUGAAAUCUACGGCACCAAGAACCCGACACCGCACCGGGUGCUUCUGGACGCCCGCUUCGAGCUUCCGUUUGAAAUUCCAGAGGACGAGGCUCGCUACUGGUCCAAUAAACUGGACAGCAUCAAUACCAUGGGGAUGCACGAUGAGUUUCUGCUGCAGGAUGACGGAGUAAGACGUCCUCUUCCCUUAGCAGCGUCUCAGUGUUCAUUGGAUGAUCUAGACAGCGCAAUGGACGAUCGGGACAGUGAUUACAGGAGUGAAACAAGCAACAGUUUACCCCCACGCUACCACACUACAGCUCAAUCCAACUCCUCUGUGCACCAGUACCCGGUGGGGCCACGUUUUCCACAACACCCAGACUCCUGCACAGACUCGGUGCAUAGUUUUGAACUGGACUAUAGAGACCAUCAUCCAAGCAGUCCUGCUGGCAGUAGUCGUUUUGGAUCUUCAGGAAACCUCAGUCAAGCUAGUUCUCCACUAAGUGAAAUGGGCCAGGAGACUGUAACAGGUUCAGAGCUAAAGGAGUCCUACCACUCAUUCCAUAGUACAGGAUAUCGCCCUCCUGCAAAAGGUCACUACCCAACCAACGGACAUACCUCCUGGGCAGAGCAUGAGGGGUUAAAAUCUGCUCAAGAGAAGGAAAAGGAUGAAAGCAGCGUCUUAAAUAAAGACAAUGUUCCCCAAAUGGAGAAAAGGACAGAAAUAUCUCAAAAAAGUUUCCAGGAUGACGGAUCUGCGUCGUCUGUCUCUGCUUCUCGAGUGCGCUGGAUAAAAGCUUUCAACAAAGUGAGGCUUCAGCUUCAAGAGGGCCAGGACAAUGGAGACAAUUCCAGACAUGACUGGGUCAAAGAAGGAAGUGGGAGUGGCCUGUUUGGGAUUGAUAGCAUGCCAGACUUGCGGAAGAGGAAACCAAUCCCUCUUGUUAGCGAUGUGGCACUGGUUCAGGCCAGAAAAGCAGGUAUUGCAUCUGCCAUGGCUUCCCGAGCCUCCAUUAAAGACGAGGAGCUGAAGAACCACGUGUAUAAGAAAACGCUGCAGGCUCUGAUCUACCCGAUCUCAUGCACUACGCCGCAUAACUUCGAGAUUUGGACGGCGACGACGCCGACGUACUGCUACGAGUGUGAAGGGCUGCUGUGGGGUAUCGCGCGGCAGGGAAUGAGAUGCACCGAGUGUGGGGUCAAAUGUCAUGAGAAGUGUCAGGAGCUCCUCAAUGCAGACUGCCUGCAGCGCGCGGCAGAGAAAAGUUCGAAGCAUGGCGCCGAAGAUCGCACGCAGAACAUCAUCAUGGCCAUGAAGGACCGCAUGAAGAUCAGGGAGAGGAACAAACCCGAGAUCUUCGAGCUCAUCAGGGAUGUGUUCAUGAUCGGCAAAACACUCCAUGGCCAGCAGAUGAAGACCAUCAAACAGAGCGUUCUGGACGGGACCUCCAAAUGGUCGGCUAAGAUCAACAUCACCGUAAUGUGUGCACAGGGUCUGCAGGCCAAAGAUAAGACAGGCUCCAGCGACCCUUACGUGACGGUCCAAGUGGGAAAGACGAAGAAGCGCACCAAGACCAUCUUUGGCAACUUGAACCCAGUUUGGGAGGAGAAGUUUCAUUUUGAGUGCCACAACUCGUCAGACCGCAUUAAGGUGCGCGUGUGGGAUGAAGACGAUGACAUCAAGUCCCGAGUGAAGCAGAGGCUGAAGAGGGAGUCUGAUGAUUUCCUGGGACAGAGCAUCAUCGAGGUGCGAACACUCAGUGGAGAGAUGGACGUCUGGUACAACCUGGAAAAAAGGACUGAUAAGUCGGCGGUGUCUGGCGCUAUCCGUCUACAAAUCAGUGUGGAAAUUAAAGGAGAAGAGAAAGUGGCUCCGUACCACGUGCAGUACACCUGUCUACACGAGAACCUCUUCCACCACACCACAGACGUGCUCGGUCAGGGUGCGGUGAAGAUCCCGGACACUCGCGGCGACGACGCCUGGAAGGUCUAUUUUGACGACGUGGCUCAGGAAAUAGUGGACGAGUUUGCAAUGCGUUAUGGGGUCGAGUCCAUCUACCAGGCCAUGACGCACUUUGCUUGUCUUUCAUCUAAAUACAUGUGUCCUGGUGUUCCUGCUGUGAUGAGCACCCUGCUGGCCAACAUUAAUGCCUUCUACGCUCACACCACCGCCUCCACCAAUGUCUCGGCCUCCCACCGCUUCUCCGCCUCCAACUUCGGGAAAGAAAGGUUCGUCAAACUCUUGGACCAGCUGCACAAUUCCUUACGCAUCGAUCUGUCCAUGUACCGCAAUAACUUCCCUGCUAGCAGUAAGGAGCGUCUGCAGGACCUGAAGUCCACUGUGGAUCUGCUCACCAGCAUCACUUUCUUCAGGAUGAAGGUGCAGGAACUGCAGAGCCCUCCGAGAGCCAGCCAGGUGGUGCGAGACUGUGUGAAAGCCUGCCUCAACUCCACCUAUGAUUACAUCUUUAACAACUGCCAAGAGCUGUACAGUCGCCAAUACCAGCCUGGAGGAGAAACGAAUAAAGACGAAGCUGCUCUAGAAGAACAGGGUCCGAGCAUCAAGAACCUGGACUUCUGGCCCAAACUCAUCACACUGAUAGUUUCAAUUAUAGAGGAGGAUCGCAACUCGUACACACCUGUCCUCAACCAGUUUCCUCAGGAGAUGAACGUAGGGAAAGUGUGUGCCGAGGUGAUGUGGGUUCAGUUCUCACAGGAUAUGAAAUAUGCCAUGGAGGAGCACGAGAAGCAUCGGCUUUGUAAGAGUGCUGACUACAUGAACUUGCACUUUAAGGUGAAGUGGCUCUAUAACGAGUACGUAAAGGAUCUUCCUACCUUCAAUGGAGUCGUUCCAGAUUACCCCAUGUGGUUCAUGCAGUUCGUGCUGCAGUGGUUGGACGAGAACGAGGACGUGUCCAUGGAGUUCAUGCACGGCGCUCUCGAGAGGGACAAGAAGGACGGCUUUCAGCAGACAUCUGAGCACGCUCUGUUCUCCUGCUCCGUGGUGGAUGUGUUCACGCAGCUCAACCAGAGCUUUGAGAUUAUUAAGAAGCUGGAAUGCCCUGAUCCCAAAGUCAUGGCCCUCUACAGUCGCCGCUUCGCCAAGACUAUUGCUAAGGUCCUGCUGCAAUACAGUGCCAUUUUGAAGAAGAGUUUUCCAUCCUACUGUGACAAGGAGAAGAUUCCCUGCAUCCUGAUGAACAACGUGCAACAGCUACGAGUUCAACUCGAGAAGAUGUUCGAGUCCAUGGGAGCUAAACAGGUGGACCCCAUGAGUACAAAGAUGGACACAGAAGCCAGUGACACACUCAAUGAGCUCCAGGUGAAGCUGAACAACGUGCUGGAUGAGUUGAGCUCCACGUUUUCAAAUACUUUUCAGAGUCGUAUUGAUGAGUGCACACGGCAGAUGGCGAGUCUGCUCUACCAGAUUAAAGGUCCAGCGAACGCCAGCAGCCGUAACCAAGUGGAGGCCGAUUCAGACAACAUGCUCCGCCCCCUCAUGGAUUUCCUGGACGGAAAUUUGAUGCUGUUCGCCUCGGUGUGUGAGAAGACCGUUUUGAAGCGGGUUCUGAAGGAGUUGUGGAGGAUCGUGAUGAACAGUCUGGAGAAGACCAUCGUCCUGCCUCAAGGCAACGACAGCUUUGGCAACAUAUUUUCCGCGGCCAAAGAUCUCGGCCAGCUCUCCAAGCUCAAGGAUCACAUGUCCGGAGAAGCCAAAAGCCUCACGCCUAAGCAGUGUGCGGUGAUGGACGUGGCUCUGGACACUAUAAAGCAAUACUUUCACGCUGGAGGAAACGGGCUAAAGAAAGCCUUCCUGGAGAAGAGCGCUGAGCUCUCGUCGCUCCGUCACGCCCUCUCACUUUAUACACAGACCACCGACACGCUCAUCAAGACCUUCGUCACCACGCAGCACGCCCAGGGCUCAGGUGUGGAGAAGCCUUUAGGAGAGGUGUCCAUUCAGAUUGAUCUGUUCACUCAUCCAGGCACAGGAGAGCACAAGGUCACGGUUAAAGUCGUGGCAGCGAACGAUCUGAGGUGGCAGACAUCCGGAAUGUUCCGUCCCUUCGUGGAGGUGACGAUGAUCGGGCCGCACCUCAACGACAAGAAACGCAAAUUCACCACCAAAUCCAAGAACAACAGCUGGGCGCCGAAAUUCAACGAGACUUUCCACUUCAUCCUGGGGAACGAGGACGGCCCAGACUGUUACGAGCUGCAGGUGUGCGUGAAGGACUACUGUUUUGGCCGAGCGGACCGCGUGGUGGGCGUGGCCGUCAUCCAGCUGCGUGACGUGGCUCAGCGAGCGAGCUGCGCCUGCUGGUGUCCGCUGGGCCCUCAGGUGCACAUGGACGACACGGGGCUGACUGUGCUGCGCAUCCUGUCCCAGCGCUCGGGGGACGAGGUGGCCAGAGAGUUCGUCAAGCUCAAAUCAGAAACGCGCUCAGCCGAGGAGGGGAGAUGAGAACCUCGAGAACCUCAGAGCAGUGGUGAAGGAAUAUAACAGUGGAUAUAAGUGCUUUCUAUUAGUACUGGAAGGAUCCAUAGGUGAGGAGAUUCACCUGUCCUGUUUCUUGCGUUGUGGUUUUGGAGGAUGGAGGACAAAUUUACCAGGACGUCCUGUCCUUCAGGCCAUCCAAUCAAGAUAGUGUUUUAAAAAGCAAGCAACUUCUCUUUCAUAUGAAAACUCUCUCUCUCUUUCUCUCUCUCUCUCUCUCUCUCUCUUUCUCCUUGUUACUCUAUUACUUUCUCAAAAGUAAGAUUUGUCGAUUGCCUACUGUGUGUGUGUUUGUAAAUGUGAGUCUGUGUGUGUGUGUGUGUGUGGGAGAGUGUUUGUAAAUGUGAGUGUGUGUGUGAGAGAGAUUGUAAGUGUGAGAGAGAUUGUGUGAGUGUUUGUAAAUGUGAGUGUGUGUGGGUGUGAGAG